AAUCUACCAAAGUUUUCAUAUAUUAUAUUAGCUGCCUGUAUUCGUGUGACAUAGGUAUGAAGUUAGUAUAUUUCUCACCUUUGUCAAUCUGAAACUCGGUAUAUUAUUCCUACAUCACAGUGUAUUUCUCUCCUCUGUGCCAAGUUUGCUUCCUUAGCUAUUGACUAUCUAUUAUGAAUAUUCAACGACAUCGUUACUCUUGUUUCUAUGAAUGGACUUAUGACGUGUUCCUCAAUUUUAGAGGUGAAGAUACACGGGCUGGAUUUACUGGGUAUCUCUACGAUUCACUUUGUCGAAGGGGGAUUCACACUUUUAUUGAUGAUUAAGGCAUUCAGAGAGGUGAAGAAAUUGCUCCCUCUCUUUUCAAAGCCAUCAAAGAAUCAAGGACGGCCAUAACUGUUUUCUCCCAAAACUAUGCCUCAUCCGUAUACUGUUUAGAUGAACUUGUGCUCAUCCUUGAGUACAUUAAGAGAGAAGGUAGAUUAGUUUGGCCAGUGUUUUAUUAUGUGGAUCCAUCGCAAGUUCGACUUCAGAAAGGGAGCUAUGGCGAAGCACUGGCUAGGCAUGAGGAAAGAUAUGGAAAAGCAAGAGUGCAAAAGUGGAGGUUGGCUUUGUUUGAAGCAGCUAACUUAGGAGGCUUGGAGGUCAAACACGGGAGUGGAUAUGAAUAUGUUUACAUUGAAAGAAUCAUUAAAGAUGUUUCCACUAAUAUCAAUAGAACUCCAUUACAUGUUACUGAUUUUCCUGAUGGACUUGAAUCUCAAGUACUAGAAGUCAUUUCACUUCUAUAUGAUGCAUCUGAUAGGGGGGUCAGCAUGGUGGGAAUUCAUGGAGUUGGUGGAAUGGGUAAAACUACAAUUGCACGAGGAGUGUACAACUUGAUUGGUGAUAGAUUUGAAGGUUUGUGUUUUCUUUCUGAUGUUAGAGAAAUAUCUAAUAAGCAUGGCCUAUCACAUCUUCAACAGAUUCUGCUUACUAAAAUAGUUGGAGAGAAGGAUAUCAAAUUGGGAGAUGUCAAUGAAGGAGUGUCAAUAAUAAAACGCAGGCUCAAUCGAAAGAAGGUUCUUUUAGUUCUUGAUGAUGUUGACAAACAACAGCAGUUGCAAGCAUUGGCUGGAAGUUGUAAUUGGUUUGGUUGGGGAAGCAAAAUCAUAAUAACAACUAGAGAUAAGCAAUUGCUAGCAAGACAUGGGGUUCAAAGAAUGUAUGCAACAAAAGAAUUAAACAAUGAAGAGGCUGGUUUGAGUAAAAGUCAAGAAAGUGUAUGCACACCUAAUUCCAAAAUCAAUCAAGUUUCUAAGAACAUACCUAUGGACUUUGAGAAAGUCAAAAAGAUGAUUGAGAAGGACCCUGUUACUGCAAGUGAAACUCUCUUGACUGGGAAGCUGUUUGUUUCGCCGAAAGCACAAAAAUGCACCACUCAAUCAGGACAACCUGAGGUUCAAAUCCCUUCUGUUGAAGAUCUACAAAAGCAACUCAAAUAUUUAUUGACCCAAUUUGACCUUGGUAGUUUAAUCAGUGAUGACACUCAAAGAUCGACUAUUUGCUCCUACAUCAAAGACUUAGAGAUGAAAUUCGAUGCUUUGCCACCAGCUCAUCGAAUUUUCAUUCAAAAUUUCAGAAUUUUCUUCAUUAAUGCAGCCUCAAAUUAUAAAAAAUUACACGAGGUUAGCAAUAAGGAGAUCAAAUUGAAGGUGGAAAAAGAGGAUGUUUUGAAGAAACUUGAAGAAGCCAGGGAUAAAGAUGAAAGAAUGAGUGCCUUGAUUUCAUCAGCCUGCCUCAGGGUCAAGGAAAUUGUAUCUUCCAUUGAAGAGCUCGAGGCGCAAUUGGUGAAUUUGAAGAAAGAAAAUAAGGCAUUUGAGCAUGCAAUCGUUGAAUGCAGCAAACAAAAGGAAAAUUUAAGGACUGAUUGCAUAUCAUGGGCUAAUCAAUCUAGGGAAUUGGUUGUUCAAUUGACUGAAACAGAGGAAAUAGUUCAAUUCCUUGAGGAUCAAGUUGAAGCAGAUGAAACUAGCUUUCAGGCGCUGAUUGCUUCCAUCCCAUUUUGAGCAAUCAUAAUUUCAUUCUUCUGAAGAUAUUUUACAUUGACCUGGGUUGAUGUCAAAAAGGGUGAUAGAUCAUAUAUUUCUAUUUGAUCUACAAAGAAAGGUUUAGAAAAUUUAAUCCAGAAACGUCUUCGAGAGCAGUGGCAUCAUGUUGAAGUUUCAUGUUAGAAUAUUCCAAGAAUGAAAAUCAAAGGAGUAAUGAAAUGGAGUGGAAAUCACGCGUACACAGGUAAGAAAACAGUAAGUUGAACAUCCCAUUUUCAAGGCCUAGUUUCCCUAAGAAAUCAUGCAUAAUUUGUAUAAUUCCUCUAACAAUGAAUUGGAACCAAGUUACUAUCCAUUGAUGAAAAAUAAGGUACAUUUAUGGCCAUGGGAGUUUAUGAUUGUGAACCACUAGACACACAACAUAACAAGGUAUAGCUUAAAUCCCAACAGGCUUUGAAACUGUGUCUAAAACAUGGGUAAGACUUUAUCAUUGAGCAAUAACAGCUAUGAUUGGCUUUUUCUUAUGUCCAUAUAGACUAGAACCUCAUUUUGUACUAUGUGAAUCUGGACUCAAAAUUCAAUAGAAACAGUUCCAAGAGGUGUCACUU